AUGAAAUCUCCACCGCCGAAUCUGAAGUCUCUGCUGCCACUGAAGCUCCCAUCGGAUCUUAAUCCUUUGCUGCCCCUAGACGUCUUGUUGAAUCUGAAGCCCUUGCUAGAUCUGAAGGCCCCCCGGGCCACAGGGGCCUCCGGGGCCUCGAGCCUGAGGGGUGAGUUGGCCGGUGGGGCCUGCUGGCGUUAUGGGGUCUGCUGGCAUGGCCCUGUUGGGCCUUUAGGCCCUAAUGGUCCUACUAGUAGGAUUGGUCACACUGGCCCUAUAGGUCCGCUUAGGCCUACUGACACUACAGAAGGAGCUGGCCCAACAGGGUCCAUUGGCCCCACUAGGCCUAGGGGCCAUGUUGGACGACCUGGCCCUAUAGGUUCGCGUGGCCCGCUUGGCCCACGUGGCCCUGCUAAACCUCCAAGGCCUCUUGGUCCCACUAGGCCAGUCGACCCACAAAGACCCACUGGACCUUAG